GUGUACACACACACACAGAGAAGGAGAGAGAGAGAGGGCUGAAGUACGUGUGCUCCAAGCCCCAGAGGAAGAGGGAAGCGUUGAGCAGCUCUGGAGGUUUCUGUACGGCUCCUUCAUGGCUCAAUCAGCAAGCAGCAUAGACUCUGAUCUGGCCAGCAAACGGCUCCAAUCAAGAAUGGAGGCAUCAUGUUUGGAGUUGGCUUUGGAGGGUGAGCGUCUAUGUAAAGCAGGAGAUUUUAAGGGUGGCACAGCAUUCUUUGAAGCUGCAGUUCAGGUGGGAACAGAAGAUCUGAAGACUCUUAGUGCCAUUUAUAGUCAGCUGGGAAAUGCUUAUUUCUACCUGAAGGAGUACGGUAAAGCCCUGGAGUACCACCGCCACGAUCUUACACUUGCACGGACAAUCGGUGACCGGAUUGGUGAAGGGAAGGCCAGCGGGAAUCUUGGAAACACUCUGAAGGUUUUGGGUCGUUAUGAUGAAGCAGCCGUAUGCUGUCAGAGACACCUGGACAUUUCACAAGAACAAGGAGACAAGGUCGGGGAGGCCAGAGCUCUGUAUAACAUUGGGAACGUGUUUCAUGCGAAGGGUAAACAGCAGCUGUGGGGAUGUUCACAAGAUCCUGGAGAUCUUCAUCCUGAUGUGAGAGAUGCUUUGCAGAGAGCCACAGCCUUCUAUGAAAUGAAUUUGUCACUGGUGAAGGAGUUGGGUGACAGAGCCGCUCAGGGACGAGCCUUUGGUAACCUUGGCAACACUCAUUACCUGCUGGGUAACUUUGUUGAGGCCAUCAAGUUCCACAGAGAGCGUCUGUCCAUUGCCAAGGAAUUUGGUGACAAGGCCGCCGAGCGGAGAGCGUACAGUAACCUAGGCAACGCUCUCAUUUUCCUAGGCCAGUUCAAUGCAGCUACUGAGUAUUACAGAAAAACUCUGCUGCUGUCUCGACAGCUGAAAGAUCAGGUGAUGGAAGCUCAAGCAUGUUACAGUCUGGGAAACACACACACACUGCUGCAGGAGUACGAGCAUGCCAUAGACUAUCACCUCAAACACCUGCUCAUCGCACAAGAGCUCAAUGACAGGGUUGGAGAGGGCCGGGCAUGUUGGAGUCUGGGUAAUGCUUAUGUGUCUUUAGGAAACAACCGUCAGGCUUUACACUACGCCCGAAAACACCUGGAUAUCUCCAGAGAGAUUGGGGACAGGAAUGGUGAGCUGACGGCCAGGAUGAAUGUUGAGGAGUUGAUGGAAGCUCUCGGGGUGAAGGAGGCCGAUCUCUCUCCAUCUGACUCAGAUUUUACAGUGCAGGGUGCCAGACCAAAGUUCACCAAAAAGAACAGUAUGGACAGUGUUGACCUCUGGAAAUACAAUACUGAAAAGAAUGGAGAUGGUCCUGAAGUUGAUGGUGUAUCAAGGAGGUCAAGGAACAGCAGAAGGAAAGGUUACACAGACAGUCAGUCAUCUGAUGAGAGACAGUGGCUAGACUCACCUCUAGACACGGAUGACAUCACCGUUCAUGUCACACCUCCAAAGCUAAGCUGUGACCCAUCAGAUGAGGACUGCUUCUUUGACCUGUUGAGUAAGUUUCAGAGCAGCCGUAUGGAUGACCAGCGCUGCCAACUGGAUGAUACACCCGACGGCGAGGAUGUUGGAGGAGUGGACGAAACUUCUUUUAAUGACAUGAUCGAUGCUAGUUUCCUCACUUCUCCUCAAACUGAAGAGCUGUUUGACUUGAUCGCUAGUUCUCAGAGCCGUCGUCUAGACGAUCAGAGGGUGAGCGUCAGCAACCUGCCCGGACUCAGAAUCACUCAAAAUAAUCUGGGUCACCUGUGCGGAGAGGGCGACCCUCAAGAGCCCAGCGACGACUUCUUCAACAUGCUCAUGAAGUGCCAGUCGUCCAGGAUAGAUGACCAGCGCUGCUCUCCUCCUGAAGGGGGUCCGCGGGCCCCUACGGUCCCUGAUGAGGAUUUAUUCAGUCUCAUACAGAGAGUUCAGGCGAAACGGAUGGACGAACAGCGUGUGCAGCUCCCGUCAGAUGAACAAGAGCUGCCUGAGGCUGAGAGAGAGCCAGGAGCUGCAGACUCUUGGAUCAUGGGUUGUGUAGUUCUUCACCAGGAAUUCUGAAAAUAAACACUAUUUUUUUUUAUUUUAUUUUUUUUAUUAAGUUGAAAAUACAUGGACCGAAGGCUUUAACAGAAGUAUAUACCAUUGAUUAACAACCUCAGAACUCAAGGUAGGUUUGUCUUUAAAGGUUUAUAAGUUAUCAUUAAUAAUCUAUUACCCUAUGGAAAAUAUGAAUGGGAUUUGUACUUCCAGAACCCAAGUGUUUGCCCUGUUGUGUUCAAGCACCUAAAUCAGCUCUUUAAAAUGCCAAAAGUGUUUAAUUCACCCUGUUGUUUCCAAUGUCAGAUGGACAACCACCCCAUUUGUCAUAUUUGUUUGCAUACUGCCUUAAAAUUAUAUUCAUAUAGAGCCCCUUAGAGGACAAGGACUUGGUUUUUAAAAUGGAUACUACAGUCAUGGUUAAUGCGGUUUUAGUAUAGAAAGUAUAGUAUCUAUGAUUACUGUAGAAAAAUAAUGGUUAAUUUCCGUAAGGGACAGACUGAAAGCUAUUGUGAGGGAAUGCAAAACUAUUUCAGAAAAAAAUUCCCUAACUGUCCAGUAAGGAGCUCUGUAGAGUUGCAGACUCUGAUUGUAUUCUAUGAUAAUCUGUAUUUUACAGCACUUGAAGGAGUAUUGUUCUGGUUUAGUGUAUGUUUAUUGACAGUAUUGGUGUUGCAUCAUUGCCAGUGUUACGGAGCUGCUAACUUUGACCUUCCUAAUCGCAAGUGCAUUUGGGUUCUGCUUUUAUAUUGCAUUUAUAAUUUACCUGUAAUAUUAAUGAAGACCUUAGGGCUGGUUAUCCUCUUUUCAUUAAACUCUUUGUUUUUAUCACAUUUGAAGAUAUUAUUGUUGUUAACUUCACAGAUGUAUUUAUUAAAAGUGUUGAUAAAAAUGGAUAUCUGUAAAAACAAAAAAAAGAAAAAAAAGAAAAAAGACUGUGAAAAUAAUUUUUAAGUAUUGAUAAUUGUGGGAACAUAAAAGUAUGUGAAUGUUCAUGGUACAAAAGCUCAUUUUACUUCUUGAAAGUCUGACCCACAGCGGUUUGACUGAUUUGCUUUAUUUUUUAGUUCUGUGUGGGACAAAGAAAAAUCGAAACAGUGAUUUGCCCUGUGGUGGGCUUUGACUGCUUUAGUUUUCCAUCAUUAGCUCUGAAUCAGUGAAUUGUGUUGUUUGGACAUUGAUUGAGUCGCUCAUUUUUAUGCAUGAUGCUACAGUGUUUACGGCAUUUGUGGCGGAGCUAAUUUACAAUCAGAAUAAGGGCUCACUUGCGUUAAUUUAAUUUUUUGAGGCAUAGAAAACUAAUAUUUGAAAUCAAAUGUUAAUUGCCAUACAUUUCUGGCUGUACAGCAAUUUGACAGUUUAUUUAGUGUAUUUUUAUUAUUAUUAUUUUGUGUGGAGGUGAAUAGAAAUGAUUUAUCAAUUCACUGCCACCUUGUGGUUGAAAAUAAGUAAAGGCCAAUUUUUUAUUUAUUUUUUAUUUUUUUAUACUCGGUGAGUCUGUUAUGGUUUGAUUAAACAUUUUUGUAAUAAUUUUAUUUUUAGUAUUUAAACAACAGAUUCAUAAUGAAAAUUUUGUUCCUAUUAAAGGGAUAGUUCACCCAAAAAUAUUCAUUUUCUCAUCAUUUACUCACCCUCAUGCCAUCACAGAUGUGUAUGACUUUCUUUCUUCUGCAGAACACAAAUUAAGAUUUUUAGAAGAAAAUUUUAAGUGAAUGGUGACCAGAACUUUAAAGCUCCAAAAAUCACAUAAGGCAGCAUUAAAGUAAUCCAUAAGACUCCAGUGGUUUAAUCCAUAUCUUCAGAAGUGAUAGAUUCUUUUUUUUUUUUUUUUUUUACCAUAAAUCUCCUCUUUCACUUUCACAUUGUUCCUCUUUUUUAUCUUUUUUUUUAUUUUUUAUUUAUUUUUAUUUUAUUUUAUUUUUUUGGAAAUUCGCAUUCUUAGUGCAUAUCGCCACCUACUGGUCAAAGGUGGAGAUUUAUUGUAAAAAAAAGGGGCUUAAAUAUUGACCUGUUUCUCACCCACACCUAUCAUAUCACUUCUGAAGAAAUAGAUUUAACCACCGGAGUCUUAUGGAUUACUUUUAUGUUUACUUUAUGUAAUUUUUGGAGCUACAAAGGUCUGAUCAGACAAAGGUCUGAUCACCAUUCACUUGCAUUGUAUGGACCAACAGAAAUAUUCUUCUAAUAAUCUUCAUUUGUGUUCAGCUGAAGAAAGAAAGUCACACACAUCUGGGAUGACAUGAGGGUGAGUAAAUGAUGAGAGAAUUUUCAUUUUUGGGUGAACUAUUCCUUUAAUGCAUGAUGCUUGUAACUUAUUCUCAUUUCCUAUAUCAGUUUACUUUAAUUAAUUUACUGCAGUGACCAAAUGUGCAGUUCGCUGACUGAUAUUUAACAGAUGCAUGUCUUAAAAAACAGAAAUUUCAAAAUAUAGGAAAUAUGUAAUUCAUUCAUGACAGAAGCCUUUAUUUUGUCACACAUUAUACAUUUGCAUAUAUACAGUGAAAUUCUUUCUUUUUUUUUUUUCACAUAUCCCAGCUAAACUGGGGUCAGAGUGCAGGGUCAGCCAUGAUACGGUGCCCCUGGAGCAGAUAGGGUCAAGGGCACUAGUCACUAGUAUUUAACUACAAUGUAAAUGUAAUUAAAGUACAUAUCAUUAGUUCAUCUAAAUUAUUAUUAUAAUUUUUUUUUCUAUCCCAUGAUUAUGUUUGAUAUCUGCCUUCUAUUUGCUAAAAUAUCGUGUAAAUGGGUGAGAAACGAUCUGACAACCUUUGAAAUUACAUUUACUGCUCAACUGAAAGAACUUGUUUAUAUUUAUUUUCUGUUCAUGAACGUGGGAUUAAAUCCCUUGCUUUUAAUAAAAUUUUAAUCAAAUGUU